AUGGCGUCGUCCGGACCUUCAGAGUUCCGACCGGCGACCAGAGAUCCUCCGACUCCUGCGAACUCCAGUCCACAAGCAGCGAGCCGCGACCUCGAGCCUCGAAUUCCGUCGGCCAGAGCAACCUUAGGUCGCGAGACUGUCCUAACGCCGGCCGGCGACCGCGCGUUUGACUCCCGGCAACCACAACCCUGUCCGGCGACUCGUUUUAAGCGUGCUCUGUUCUUCCCGGCGACCGCUCACGAGCCGCGACCACCAACUGCGACGACGGCCUUCGACCUCUGCGCAGAGCCACGAGCCGCGAUCUCCGUCCACCAGCCGUGCUCGACCACAACCGAUGAGUCUCAACCUCAACACCGUGACACCGAGCUGCGACUUUCGACGGGCCUCGACAUCCGAUGGGCUGCGACCUCCGUGAGCCUCGACCUCCGGCCUUCACAGAACACCGAGCUGCGACCCCCAGCCCACCGACGGGCCUUCUCAGCACCACCAUCGACGAACUUGAAAUGCGUCCCCCCACAUACACAAAGGCGAGCCUUUCACGGCAAUCAACUGAGCCGAGACGGGCGCACUCCGGGGAACCUUGGUCGGUUCGACUUGUUUGGGUGGCAAUUGGAAAUUGAAUUGUUGUUGGUGACGGAUUGUUGGUGGCGUUUCGACGAGCUCGGACGAUCAAGAAUAAGGCGACCGACAUUCCCCGAUGAGGCAGAGCCAACCAGAACCCGCGGUAGACUCUGCAAGCGACAUCGCGCGCGAGCAAGUGCGCCCGACGGCAACUUGCUGCCAAGCGUAGGCUGUGCCAAGAAUUGCUCAGGCAAUGUCGAGGGCAACCAGCAAUAGGAGCAGGUGACAGCAGUGGGUGAGGAGCGUGCACGUGCGGUGCUGGGUAGGUAUGGGCAGCAACGAGUGGCAAUUUGUUCGAAGCAGCUCGUGCACAGUGCCUGUGACCACGACCUGGCAGCUGGACGCACGCGGCAACUCGGAUGACUGCACCACAGGCUUCGGCCGCGCGUGCGUCACUUGUUCGCGGUUGACAUGGAGUUGCGGCUAUAACGCAGGGCAACUUGGUGAUGGUCAUGGUUGUGUGCUUCGUGCGCUUGUGCCAGCGAGGCCCCAUCCGGCUGCUGCACUCGUCAAUUGCUGUGCUUCCCGACAAGGCACAGAGAAUGCAAGCGGCGGCCCAGUGACAUAAGGAAAAUUAAUUAAAGCAUGCUUAAGAAAAUCUCUUAAUUUAAAAUACUAGCAGCAGACAGGCGACGGUCCGACAGGAUUCCAGCAACCCAGGGUGAUGUCGAUUGGCGAGCGACCAUGGUGCGAAGCCCAGGGUGACGCGAGGCGCAACUUGGACUCCAGGCGACUCGAUGAAGUUCAGACGAUUUCCAUCAACAAAAAUCAGAAACAUCUCUGAGUCGACAAAAUUUUUAAACCUAAUUAUGCUUAUUUAUGACGUGGUAUUGAUGAGAUGGCAAUUGAGUAGGCGAUGAUGUGGAAUUGAAUUUAUUUGGUCAAUGUUUAAAAGAAAAGGAAGCAAAAAAGGAUUAGGACUCUUAAUUUUGGACUAGAAAGAGUUUUAAGGCAACUGGUUUUAUUUCCCUUGUGAAUUGGGAAGGUUGGCCGAGAAUUUGAAGAAAUUAGGAUUUUAAUUCCUGAUUGAGGGAUUCUCACGUGGUAAUUAAUUGGGGAGGAAAAAAAUAAUUCCUGGGGAGGCAUUUUUCCAAAAGGUCGUGGGUGCCAGGAGGAGAAAUAUUCUCAUGCGGGAACAGAGAGCUUGAGGAGUGAAGGCUAGAAGAUCAAAGUGAAUUAUUUGCUGUGGGCCGUGGACUUAGUUUGUUUUGAUUUUAUUUAUUUAUUUUUUAUUAUUUUAUUUUGGUGGAAGAACGUGAUAAAUUAUUAUUUUUGUUUUUAUUAUUUAGCUAUGCGUAGCUAAACAUUUAUUUCGGUUAUAGGAACACUCGAUGACUCUUCAAUUAAUGCAAUUUAUCUCGUUUUGUUUGUCAUAUAAAAUUGUUUGUAGCAACUAAUGGUCGUGCACUGUUAUGGAUAACAAUAUAAGUUACAU